CCCCCCCCCCCCCCCCAGCUUGCCACACCACACGCUCCUGCCGUGCCUGGGACACGCCUCACGCCUCACACCUUACGCCCAACACACAGCACACACAUCUCCAUCUCGCGCCGACCGCCCAUCAAGCUCCCCUCCAGGCCGUCGCGCCCCUUCUCUGCCUCUCUGCCGCGCGCCGCCGCCGUGCACGUCGCUCUCAGCAGGCCGGCUUGUCGCCCACCACAUGCGACACUAGUGCUGCACCACUGCACCACUGCACCACUGCACCCGCCCACGGCACCCCGACUUCGCACCCGGCCACCAGCGCACAGCAAACAUGCGCGAGGUCAACUUCAGCAUCCCCAACGCCAACAAGGCUUCGGUCGGCAUCACCACGGCCCUGUACGAUCGCCGCGCGCUCGACUGCACGUCGACCCUGCCGCUCAUCAACUCGCUCAACCAUCUCGCCUACCUGACCACGUCGUCGGCCCGCAUCCGCGACAUCCUCACCGUCGACGGCGGGAUCGAGCGCCUCAUAUGCAUCCUCAAGGAGGGCCGCAGCAAGGACAUGAUGGACAUGUGGAAGUGGAACCUGGCCUUCCAGUGCAUCUUCAACAUUGGCGUGCGCGGGUCCGAGAACGUCAGGACCCGCGUCGUCGAGGCCGACAUGGUCCCCGUCAUCGCUACCAUUCUCGACAACUACAUCAAGGUCGUUGACAAGUACAGGCAGCGGGCCGAGGCUGACCAGUACCGCUCCGCACGGCUGGGCGCCUCUGCCCGACACCACUCGUCGCGCUCUGGCGAGAUGGCGUCGGCCUCGGGCCACAGAGCAGAGCGGUCGCGGCGCGCCGUCCCCCCGCCGAUUGAGAUUCCUCAGCUGCCGCCGCACGCUGGCCUGACCCAGGCUCACAUGCCCGUCCUGGACGCGGCCAUGGAGGGCAACCACAUGCCUACGUUUGCCCUGAGCUCUCCGCCUGAGCGCACCACGUUCAACCGCGGCCGCCCGUCACACCACCACCACCACAACCACAGGCCACACCACGAGUCGCGGACGCCGCUGUUCGUUCCUGCUCCUCGCACGCUUGGCCAGCCGCUUGUCACGGCCAUGGCGUCCAUGGAUGCCACGGCCGACGGCUUUGCGCUGCGGCCCGUGCGCGAUGCCGACCGCCUGCCUUCGAUGCUCCCUGCGCUGGCCGGGGAGAUGGCCUCGCGACCCGAGUCGCCGACGACGCCGAGUGCUCCUCAGGCGCGCCAAGCCAGCCCACGAGCGGGGCAGAACCGCACCCGCCGCCGACCGUCGAUUCGACACCAGCUGUCCCUGUCUGGCGAGUCGGACCUGGAUGCACAGCAAGAGGAGCUGUCGAUGGACGCCGUGGCAGCGGCUGGUCCAGCUGCACACGAGCCCAUUGUUGGCAUCCAGCAAGACAUGGACCUGACAGCCAUUGUGGACAAUGCAGAAAUGGACGCUGGCGCAACACCAGUCCCGCUCGCAGCGCCCUCGGAUGCAGCAGACGAGAACAAUGAGACGUUCAACAUUACACACCGACCUGCACUCGACGGCAGUCUGAUCAACCCCACCAACACCCCGCCCACUGCUGCCACCAUUGCCGGCUUCUCCCCCAUGCAGCCAGCGAUGAAUGUUGCAAACGCAAACCCUCCACCUCCAUGGUACCCGCGCUACGCGCCGGACCGCAACGUCACAGCCGGCGUUCUCGCCGCCAUGCCUCGUGACGAGGACGUUUUGAUGUCGCUGCAGCUGUUGGCCUAUGUUUCAAAGUACUGCAAUCUCCGCAACUACUUUCAGCAGUCCCACCUUGUCCCCAAGCUGAAGAUUGGGUCCGACCUGCAGCUGCUGGACGGAGACGUCCCUGUCCCCAAGACGGACGAGGAAGAGGGCGAGGAAGACGAGGAGUACGAGCUCCCCGACGACUUCAACAUCUUUCCGCUUGUCGAGCAGUUCACCGUUCGACACCACACGUCGGACAUGCAGUACUGGGCAAGCGUUGUUAUGCGCAACCUGUGCCGAAAAGACGACUCUCGAGGCGGCAUCCGUCAAUGUGCGUACUACCAGUGCGGCCGGUGGGAAGAGUACACACGCCAGUUUGCAAAGUGCCGUCGCUGCCGAAGGACAAAGUACUGCAGCAAAGAGUGCCAGAAGAGCGCGUGGGUAUUCCACCGCCACUGGUGCGUAGCUGCUACGUAGACGGGCGACGGGCACAUUUCCUAAUCAUCUGUUUCCGCACAAGAUAUCGUCACAUUCUACUGGAUCAAUAUCUAUGGCCGCAUACUGCAUGGCGCUCGUCUCUUCUACCAUAGUCUUUGAGGGUUUAUACUUUAAUGAGCGUCACGACAUCGGGAUACCAACACAGACUGCUUUCUCUUUUAUCCAAGGUCAUGUAUGGGAGUGGAGUCGGCGAGUAUAUUCGCGAAGAGGAGGAUUACACGAUGCAUCGAGUCACAGGACUCUCACUAUACCACAUUGUUUUUCAGGGCAUUCUUACCACGGCGUUGGAGUAGCCCGUAGCUGGUUCGGUGCAAGUUUAGUAAUUCAAGCAGCGUUGCAUAGCAUAGCAUAGCAUAGCCACCUCUCAGUUCAACCAUUUUGCAAACAAAGAUGCCAUGGGGUGAGGUCUGAGUUGUGGGAUGAGGUCUGAGUUGUG